CGGUAGUGAAUCUAUCUAAACCAAACCUUAUUAUAGUCAUUCAUUUGUCUUAUCCACUUCCUCAUGGAAUUGUAGGAGUGCUGAACUGAAUCAUAUCAGACAAUAUUGAAGAUUCAGGUUGAAAGUGAACAAAAGGGUAUGAAGAAAGAAAGAAAGGCAGGUAUAUGAUGAAACUAAACUGAAUCAUAAGUCCUUAAGUCAAUUGUUUCUUUAGUAAAUUGGUAGUAAACUGAACUGACUAAAAUGACUCAAAUUACAUACAUCUUAAACUGAGCUAUAUUAGAUUAGUAGUGAAUCAUUAGCCACUUUGAAGUGAAUCAAAUCCUAACAGCGCAAACAGAAUUGCAACAGAUCUGCACUGAAUCACUGAAGUGCCGAGCUGAAUCAUGUCUUUGAAUUGAUAGUGAAUCUAAACCAAAUCUUAUUAAAGUCAUUCAUUUGUCUUUUCCACUUCCUCGUGGAAUCGUAUGAGUGCUAAACUGAAUCAUAUCAGACAUGUAUUGAACAUUCAGGAUUGAAUGUGUGUGAACCGUAUGAAUCAUAUAAACAAAGAAAAAGAGUGAAAGAAAGAAAGAAAAAAAAGACAGGAACUGCAGAGUCUCACAUUUGUUAGUCAAAGCAGAGGCAGCGUGGAGAGACGUCACCGACACACACACACACACACAGACCGCAGGUGGCAGAGACUUCCUGGACAAAAGAAUCCGUCAGCACUGAGCUGCGGUCAGUCUUUGUUUCCUGGUCAUAGCGAGUGUGUGUGUGCGCGCGCGCGUCUGUGUGUGAGAGAGAGAGUGAAAGAGAGUAAGUGUGUGUGAAUGUAACUGAGCUGACAGUUCAGACGGAGCGGACACGGUACUGGACAGUCAGCCCGGCUACCGGACACAGAACACAGGCUGUGUAUGAGUGUGUGUGAGAGACUGUGUAAGUAGAUGGCAGUUCUCGGUGGAGGUAGAGGUCGGAGAUGAGUUCCACACCCAUUCUGGAGGAAACUCUGAUUAAGCGCUCGCAGCAGAAGAAGAGAACGUCUCCGCUGAAUUAUAAAGAGAGAGUGUUCGUCCUUACCCAGAGCAGACUCACCUACUACGAGGGACGUCCUGAGAAGAAGUUCAAAAAGGGUUCUAUUGAUCUGCAGAGGGUCAAGUGUGUUGAGAUUGUGAAGAAUGGAGGCAUGGUCAUACCAUGUCAAAACAAAUACCCCUUCCAGGUUGUAUAUGAUACGAACACACUGUAUAUAUUCGCUCCUAGUAAUGAGAGCAGGAGUGUGUGGGUGCAAAACAUGAAGGAAGAAAUUAGGAACAACUCUCUGAUAGUGGCGAAAUUCCACCCUCAGUUCUGGCAGGAGGGUGGCUGGCUGUGCUGUGGUCAGGCUGAGAAACUGGCCCCGGGCUGUGAGGAGUACAACCUAUUUGGAGACAUUUCACGGAAACCACUUCCACCUAUUCCUGGUGAUGAGUCCAAGUCUCGCCGUCCGCCCCCACCCCCGCCUCCUGUACCGGAACCAGCAGCACAGGAAGCUGAACUGCAGGAGGAAGUGGUCAUAGCUCUGUAUGACUUUGAGGGAACGGAGAGUCAGGACCUGACCCUGCACCGGGGUGAAGAAUACGUCAUCAUUGAAAAGUGUGACGUUAACUGGCAUAAAGCUCGCAACAAAUAUGGGGAGGAAGGUUACAUUCCUAGCAACUAUGUUACUCUAAAGCAGCCGGACAACCUUGAACAGUUUGUGUGGUACUGCAAAAACGUCAAUCGAAACAAAGCAGAGGAUCAGCUAAGAAAUGAGGGUAAAGAGGGUGGGUUUAUGGUCCGGGACUCCAGCAGUCCAGGAGCGUACACAGUUUCUCUCUAUACAAAAUCUUUAGGGGAUGGGGCGAUCAGGCACUAUCACAUUAAAGAGACCAGCGGCUCCCCCAAGCAGUUUUACCUGGCUGAGAAACACCUUUUCAGCAGCAUACCAGAAGUCAUAGACUACCACAAACACAACGCUGCAGGUCUUGUGUCCAGGUUGCGAUAUCCAGUGAACAACCAGAACAAAGCAGCACCAACGACUGCAGGAUUUAGCUACGAGAAGUGGGAGAUUAACCCGUCAGAGCUGACGUUUAUGAAGGAGCUGGGCAGUGGUCAGUAUGGAGUGGUCAGGCUGGGGAAGUGGAGAGCUCAGCAUAAAGUGGCCAUUAAAGCCAUCCGGGAAGGAGCCAUGUCUGAGGAAGACUUUAUAGAGGAGGCCAAAGUUAUGAUGAGUCUGUCCCACCCAAAGCUGGUGCAGCUGUACGGUGUGUGUACGCAGCAGCGGCCCAUCUACCUGGUGACGGAGUUCAUGGAGCUGGGCUGCCUGCUGAACUACAUCCGUCAGCGGCGCGGUUCCUUCAGCCCCCAGAACCUGCUGAGCAUCUGCCAUGACAUCAGCCAGGGCAUGCAGUACCUGGAGGAGCAGCACUACAUCCACAGAGACCUGGCUGCUAGAAACUGCCUCGUCAAUGACUCACAUGUGGUUAAAGUGUCAGACUUCGGCAUGGCCAGGUAUGUUAAAGAUGACCAGUAUGUGAGUUCUUCAGGAGCAAAGUUCCCAGUGAAGUGGUCUCCACCUGAGGUCUUCAACUUCUGCAAAUACAGCAGCAAGUCUGACGUCUGGUCGUUUGGUGUGUUAAUGUGGGAGGUGUUUACAGAGGGUAAGAUGCCCUUUGAGAAAAACCUUAACCACGAGGUUGUCGCCAUGGUGACCCAAGGUCAUCGACUAUAUCGCCCCAAAAUGGCCACACCACAAAUCUAUGAUAUCAUGCAACUCUGCUGGCAGGAGAGACCAGAAGAGCGGCCUUCAUUCACUCAGAUCUCCCUGAUGAUCACUGACGAGCUGGAGGCUGAUGAACUGAACUCCUGAACUCUGAUUGGACGGUCAGACUCAAAGCCACCAAACCACUGGACCUGGAAUGGUGCUGACCGGGACGUUUACGGUUCAGACAGCACCAAAAGACAGUGACCCAACUGGACAGAUCAUCCAAUCAGAAACUGAACUCAGGACUGACAGCUUGAAUGGAAUUAUCUACAGAGGCCUGUGAACACUUUCAGAGCUCACAGCAGUGUGUGUGUGUGUGUAUACGUGUGUGUGUGUAUACGUGUGUGUGUGUGUGUGUGUGUGGAGGUGUGCAGGUGGAAAUGUGAGUAGAGGAGAGCAGGGCUCAAUCUAACAAAGCUCAAAAUGUAAAAAAACAGGUUUUCCUGUUGUGACACAGAUUCCUCCUGAAGACAAAUUAUAUUCCAUAAAACUGUGUGUUUUUAUAGUAAGGGUGUUAUAGUAACACCAGAAACCGCUUCUUUUAGGCUUGUCAUGAUAUAUUGGAUGAUAUACAGUACCAGUCAAACAUUUGGACUUAACUUCUCAUUCAAUGCUUUUAUAAUUUUUUUAAUACAUUUAAAUAAAUACUGAAGUACCGAUUAUGACGAAACACUCAUGUAGUAACUUAAGAGUUUUAAACAAACCAAAAUACAAAUAUGUGAAGCAUUUAGGUGGAUCUUUUCUGGGGCGCUGUUAACUUGUGGUUUCUAAGGCUGGUAACUCUGAUGAACUUUUCCUGAGCAACAGAGGUACCUCUUGCUCUUCCUUUCCUAGGGAAAUGCUGAUGUAAGCCAGUUUCAUCAUAACAUUUUUAUGAUCUUUGUGACUGCACUUGUAGAUACUUUUAAAGUUCUUGAUAUUUCUUAGUUUUUUAGUUAGUUAAGUAGUUCUUGCCUUAUUAUAAACUAGAAAAUUAUUCAAAUAGAGCUAUUCACUGUAUAUCAACUUUACCUCUUCACAACUUUACAACUGAUGCUCUCAAUAGAAAUUCCAGGUGACUCUACCUCAUAAAGCUGGCUGACUAAAUUCAGCCAAGAUGUGCAAAGCUGUCAUCCAAGCAAGAGGUGCUACUUUACAAAAUCUAAAAUCUAAACCAUAUAUAUGUUUUCUAAAGAAUUCCUUAUGUUUUUCUUCAUAGUUUGGAUGACUUUAAUAUUAAUAUAAUGAAGAAAAAAACAGGUGUGUCCAAACUUUUGACUGGUACUAUAUAUUGUCCCUGAAAAUAGUGAUAAACAAUAUUAUUGUGAUUUUAAGACUUUUUACAUAAUAUAUAUAAUCAUUAUAAUAAAUUAUAACAAUGCAGUCACAUCCUUUUAAAGGGAAAUUCAGAUUCAGACAUUGGAACUGAAACAAAAAAAGUGUACAAAAGAGUAUAAAAAAUGAAUUAAUGACUGUUUAGAAACAAAGUAAACAUAGUGGCUCAUUCAGGUUAGUGGGCUCUUUUCACUUAAAAAUUGCUAAUAUUUAGGUCAGCAGCAAUUAUUGGGUUCAUGCCUGAAUGUUGUAUGAUAAAUUGCUAAUGUAAUUAUCAUGACAGGGCUAGCUCCUAUAAUAUUCACUUAGUUAUUAUCUCUACAUAACAAUUUAGUGAUAGCUUGAUUAAAGUAAAACUUCAGCACAUGGUGGAGGUAUCGUAUUUUUUACACUAUAAGGUGCACUUAAAAUCCUUUAAUUUUCCCAAAAGUUGCCGGUGCGCCUUUUCUGAUGCGUUAUAUGUACGAAUUUUACCAGUCCGGUUGUAAGGAGCUGAAAAGCAACUCUGAUGAAGUACAGCAUCAGCAUUAUACAGGAGUUUUAGUGAAGUUUCUCCAGCACUGAGGCUGGAGCAGUGUUAGCAUUACCUGCUAAGCGUGCUAAGUGCUAGCUCUUUCGCUGUUCAGAGGUGAGUAUUAUCAGCCUGUAGCCUGCUGCUUACCCUAGGUAGCACUGCUGGAGCAGCAUUAGCAUUAGCUGCUAUCCACUGUUCAAAGGUGAGUAUUAUUGGCCUGUAGCCUGCUGCUUACCCUGGGUAGCACUGCUGGAGCAGCAUUAGCAUUAGCUCUUACUUUUACAUUCACAGGUGAAAAUUAUCGGCCUGUAGCCUGUGCGUUUAAUGUGUUAAAGCAAGCUACGUGGGACGAAGUGCUAGCUAAUAUCGCCCUAGCUUACCAGAACACUCAGGGUUGCUCAGUGUAGCGCUGUCAGGAGGCAUUUACUAGCUCUAACCACAGCUAGCGGUUAACUGCAAAUGCUAAUGCUGCUGCACCCAGCCCUAGUGGAAAUCUAGAAAUGUAAGCUUACUGUAAAUAAACGGAAGCACUUAACUCACACAAAUAAAGAGUUUUCAGGAGAGAAAUCUGUGUAGAUUAACAUCCGGCUCAAUUAGAAGGAAAACAUUUUAACAACCCUGUUUCUUAUAGUGUUGCAAAAUGCGCCUUAUAUUCCAGAGUGCCUUACAUAUGAAAAUUGACCAGAAAAUAGACGUAUAUUGAUACUGUAUUUAUUAAACUGGUGCGCCUUGUAGUGCGAAAACAAAUGGUAGGUUUACACACACAUAGUGGUACUAAAUAACUGUAAAAAAAAAAAAAAAGUGUGUUGCCUGUUAUAAAGACUGGAAACAUUACAUAUACGCAGGAAACCCGUAACCAAAUGAGAGAGAGAGUCGUGUCUGUGUGGAAACUAAGCGAAUGAGCAAGCAAACAUAGAUCUAAUCCUUUACAGCACUGGCUUAUUAGAAUAAAGAAAUAUAAUACAAAUAUAUUCAUACACAAACACACACACACACAACACACACUCGCUGUGGUUUAUUUUAAUCUGGCUUAGAAGGAUUCUAAUGUAAAUUUUAGAAGGGUGCUUUCCUAUAUUCACUGCUAUAUUAUCUGAAUCUCCUGCUUGGUGGUGUAAUAGAGCAUCCUUUAAACACAGAUCAACAUCUCACAGUGAGGUUCAGCAGGCUAAAGUACAACUUCCACACAUGGUGCAGGUAGUUUCACACACUAUUCCCGUAACAAAAAAAACAGAAUAUGUGUUAUGUUAAUGUUAGAUUGUGCUCUGCUCUCCUCUGUUUACCUGCACACUGUGCCGCACAUUAAACCCCUCAGUGAUUCAACGUUGGCAGCUUGCUAAGAGCAGAUAAGGACAGAUGUGUUCAAAAUAAAAGUCUGUUUGGUACGAAUGUGUUAAUAUUAAUAAAAUACAUACUGGUAA